AGCAGAGACUACUCUGCAGGGCACUCCGGGGGUCAUGCACACAAAGGGUGAGCAAGGGGUGUGGGGGAGGCUGUGAGGCAGUGGCUGUCCCUCCUGGUCAGUAGAAGCCCGCCCCCGGCUGGGACCUGGGAACCUGGAACAGGCUAAACUUGAGGCUCGGGAUAGAUAUUUGAAUGCCUCCCAAAUUGCGGUCCUAUCCCUCAGAGGCAGGGAGAGGAGCGGAGUGCGUGCGCGAGCGCUUACGUCGCCUCGAGCUCUGUGCUGGGAUAAUCAGGAGUUGGGCUGAGCCGAGUCCUCUUUUAGCAGCAGCAGCCGGCACAGGAGUGGCAGCAGCAGCCCCAGGGACGCGCGGGACCCAGCGGCUCGGAGCGCACGGGGACAGCUGGUGCCGGGGCCGCGCCAGUGCCACCGCUUGGGCGCACAAAGGUAAAGGCGGCCGCAGCCCUUGUGGCCUGCCUAGUCCCGGCGGCGUUCCCGUCCUCUCCCUCCUUCCUUUCCCGAAGGCGAAAAUGGCUGGGCCGGGCGAGGACCUGGGACAGCAGUAGUCCUAGCUCAGCGGGUCCCCACCCUUCCUGCUGACAGAGGCGGCGGGCUGUCCUUGGAUGAGGUGGCCGAGGCUGCUCCCUGGCGAAUCCUCAGCCGGGUCGCAGCCACCGGCUCUCUCUGCUUGCUCCAUCCCUCGGAGAGGAGUUGAUGCUGGCAUCACCCCCGCCACUGCCACCACCUCCGCGGAAGCCAGUGCUGAUGGAUGCUGGGGAGUGCCGCAUUGCUUAAUGUCCCCGCCUCCGGGUUUGCUGGCACAUCCUUCAGCAGGGACCGCAGCAGCAACCCGGUGCUGGGGCUGAGAUGUGCCUGGGGUUUGUUUUCCUUGCAUCUUACAAGACAAGAGAAGAAGACAGAACCAAGACCCGAAGCGCCCAUGCUAAGUGGAAUUAGGGUUUCAUUCAUUCUUUCUUUUUUCCCUUUUAUUCAGAGAGAUAAAGGGCAAGAGGCAGGCUUUCAGGGCCUGCCCAGAGGCCCAUUUUUAAUGGGAGGCAUUGUUUUUUAGGGGGGCUGGGGUUAGAAGUUUAGAUACUCUCCAGCAAAGCUGUGGGGGGAAAAGCAGGAGCAACAGGGUACUUGACUGAACGCGAAGAGGAACCAUUUCCUGUACAGGAGAGGAAGCAGACAGCAGCUAGGAGGACUGGGAGCCUGAGUGUGGUGUGGAGGUGGCAAGGGCCAGGUGUGUUGUUGGACACAAAAGGAGAGCUUCAGGGUGGACAGCUUGGGCACAAGGUAACAAUGACUCAUUUGCAAGCUGGUCUCUCUCCUGAGACCCUGGAGAAAGCUCGCCUGGAACUCAAUGAGAACCCAGACACUCUGCACCAGGACAUCCAGGAGGUGAGGGACAUGGUCAUCACUAGGCCAGACAUUGGCUUUCUGCGCACCGAUGACGCUUUCAUCUUACGCUUCUUGCGGGCCCGGAAGUUUCAUCACUUCGAGGCUUUCCGCCUCUUGGCCCAAUACUUUGAGUACCGGCAACAGAACCUGGAUAUGUUCAAAAGCUUCAAGGCUACCGACCCUGGCAUCAAGCAGGCGCUGAAGGAUGGCUUUCCUGGGGGCCUGGCCAAUCUGGACCACUAUGGGAGGAAGAUUCUAGUCCUUUUUGCUGCCAACUGGGACCAGAGCAGGUACACACUGGUGGAUAUUUUGCGUGCCAUCUUACUUUCUUUAGAAGCCAUGAUUGAAGAUCCAGAGCUGCAAGUAAAUGGAUUUGUUUUGAUCAUAGACUGGAGUAACUUUACCUUCAAGCAAGCUUCUAAGCUUACACCAAGCAUGCUUCGACUUGCCAUUGAAGGCCUUCAGGACAGCUUCCCCGCAAGAUUUGGAGGAAUUCAUUUUGUCAACCAACCUUGGUAUAUCCAUGCCCUGUACACUGUGAUCCGGCCUUUCUUGAAGGAGAAAACUCGGAAAAGGAUAUUUUUGCACGGUAACAACCUGAACAGUCUACACCAACUAAUUCAUCCUGAGAUCCUGCCUUCUGAGUUUGGAGGAAUGUUGCCCCCAUAUGACAUGGGGACGUGGGCAAGAACCCUGCUAGACCACGAGUAUGAUGAUGACAGUGAGUACAGCGUGGACUCCUACAGCAUGCCUGUGAAGGAAGUAGAGAAGGAGCUCUCCCCCAAAUCCAUGAAGAGAUCACAAUCAGUAGUGGACCCCACAGCACUAAAACGCAUGGAUAAAAGUGAAGAAGAAAACAUGCAGCCUUUACUUUCUCUGGACUAAGAACUUCUCCACCCCCUACCCCACCGAUUAGAAACGGGAGGUACUGGCUUUCAGCAACAGGACAGCACUGUGGCAUUUACCUGCUGGAAAACCUUAUCCAUGUUAAUGUAGCAUAAUGCAUAAGGCAUCUGGCUUUCACAUUUGCCUAAACCAUGGGUGCCCCGGGCUAGAUUUUAAAAAGUCAAUAAUUUAUUCUGUAAGUGCCAAGUUCUUUGUAAAUACAAUAUAGUCUUCACAUCAAGUUUGUAAAUUUUGGUAGUAACUUAAUUUGGGAAAGAUUGACUCACAAGUUUGAGCCAGUGAUAUGGACUAUAAUAAUAAGCAUAAAGACACAUACACUAUGGAAUUUAAUUAAAUGUAUCCCUGUUUCCUAUGAAGCCAUAUUUCUGCUAUCAUAGUGAAUUGUCUCAUCGUCUUUCUCUGAAACACUAUCAAUAUUCAAACAUACUUGGGCACAGUAAACAAUUAUUCCAGGAAAUUGCUAUGAUUAAUGUUUUCCUGUUCAGUGGUUUUCAUUUCAGAGGAACUAUCCUAGAGCCAUCAUUGACUGCAUUCUGAAGAAAAAGAGUGGAUGAUAAGCUGGUGAACAAAAAAAACUGGAGCUUUUCUCUAUUGUUUGAUUCACGGAGACUUGCAAGACAAUUUAUUUCCCCACUCAAGAUGUGGAAUUCUGAAAAAAGAAUGGAUGUUUGUCUAAAUUGUUGUCUUCACAAUGUUCCAUUUGGUUAAGGAAGGUCCCAUUGUAAUCCUUGUCUGAUGUACUUUAGAAUAUUUUCAUCUAAAAUUCAUUGACCAAGAAAAUGAGAAUUAGUUCCUGAAUAAUUUUGACAGCCAAUUUUGAAUAUAAAGUUUAUCACUUACAAAUAGGGAGGGGCCUAAUUUCACAUCAUUAUGUACUUGUUGAAAAAUAGAUUCACACACAACAUACAUAUUGUUAUUGCGUUCUAAUAAAUUCUCGAUAUGACAGGCUUUGAGAUGUCAUGGAAAAUGACUUUCAGUAAAGUCAAUAAAAAUGAGAACAUGAGACAGACUUCAGGGUACCUAUUCAAGGGAUUUCAAUAUACCAUAAAAUGAAAUCUUGAAUAUGUGGCAACUUAAUGAAUGUGUUUUUUUUUCCCUUUUUAAAAAACAACAAACCUCAGUAUAGCAAAGAUACCAGGCAAUGACAGGCAAGAGUUUUUCUUAAAUUUAAGUUAAUUAUCAUGUUGUUCUUUUAUGCUUACAUUUUCUUUUGAGAAGAGAUUAAAAGUACAUGACAUUUGACAGCUAUAAUGAAAGUGUUGGAGAGCAUCUAAGACAGCAUAUAACAGUUUAAGUCUAGACUCAAAUUUUUAUAUGAUUUAAAGUUUUAUUUCAUAAAUUGUAUAAUUAUAGCCUAUGUUAAACAUCUCAAUUUAAAUUUCAAAUUCUCGUGUAGAAAGGCAGGAUUUUUUUAUCACUCUCCUGGCAUGAUGAAUCUUAAGAUUGAGAAUUUACCAUUAUUCUUUCAAAAAGAACAUAUCUCCAAGAACUUUUGGAAACUAGUAUAAGCAAAGGCAUAUAACAGCUUUAACAUACACAUUAGCCAAGAACUUAAAACAAAAUCCAGUUAUGUUUAUGCAGCCCGAAAUCUCAAAGUUGAAUUAACACACAGAUCUUAAGCAACAUGGGCUGCCUAAUGCUUAUAAAAUUACAAAGAUCAUGAAUUUUUUUUAAAAGAUACUUUAAGAAUGGCAACCUUCAGUUGAGUGCAGAACAACAGUGGCAGAGAUCAAAGACAAAUGAGAAUUAAAUGCCAGGGCAAUUCUAAGAGAUAAUAACUGAUGCACCAAUAAUUGAUGUGUGUGUGUGUGUUUGUCUACCUGACAUACAUUCUACAGCCAUGGACUUUCCUCGUGUUGUAAACAUGCAUCAGGCAGAAAUCAUUGAAAUCAAAUAAGAAUAAUGUAAGCAGGGACAGUGAUGUAUCAGUCUCUUGACACCCAUCGUUUGUUGACAGGUUUCAGAGUUUACUAGCUUCAGAUGUCAUCCAGCAUGGCCAGUAUCCCUCGCCUACCAUAAAGUUACUGUCACAUAAAAAUAACUAGUAUCAUCCACAUUCUCUCCAAAGCCCAUAUUUGGAAAAUUCUCAUUGGCAUUGCCAAGCGUCUGCUCCUCUUUAAAUGAGCAACUGAAAGUUGGCUAGAUGGUAUACAAUAUUUUUUAAAAAAUGAAUGAACAAAUUAAAACAAUGAUGCCUUUUGAUUUUCUAGCAAUGGUUUUAAAGCUGCUUAGUCAAGGGAUAUUUAUUCAAAUUUAUAAUUUUUCCCUUCAGCAUCAGCAUAAAGCACCAUUUAGGCAAAGCUUCCCUACUGCAACAUUUUACAUCAUGUAGCAGUAUUUAUGGUACACGAUCUAGUAAAUAAGCAUGCCCGUGUUCUUCCACACUAGAUGGUUCUGAUGGCUUCUCCUUUUUACUUUGAAUCCUGCAUUUUUGCCAUUUAAAUAGUCUCAUUACUUGACAUUUGUGAACUUCUAAGAGAUACAAUAUCAAUUUGGAAUAGUCUGGUUGACCAUUGUUCUCACUUUUUUAAAAAAUGGUGCUGGGCAAGGAACCCAGUCCUGAGCAUAGAGGCAGGCACCCUACAUCUAAGCUAUAU